UUUCUACAAAUUUUUCAUUUCAGAUCUUCCCGGAUUCUUGAAGCUCCGACCGAGUUUUCUCAAGGUCCGGAUUUUGUUUUAGAACCCGGAUAUCCGGGUUGGGUUCCUCCAAAGUUUAAGAGAGCCCCUGAACCGGCACAGGGCAGAUUUUUAUACUACAGGAAAAAUCCUAAAGUAGAAAAGUACAGGAGUGCAGUACACGAACUGUACAUGAGACCGUACAACUAUGCCCACCUGGACCAUCAUGCAGUUGCUGUAGUUGACUCUGAAAAGGUUCAAGGAGUUCUCCACUUCUACCAGAUCAAUGGACCAACAUCACCGGUUCUCAUUACAGGAAAUCUGACUGGUUUGGCUCCUGGUCUUCAUGGAUUCCAUAUUCAUCAACUAGGAGAUACUACUCAAGGAUGCAAAUCAAUGGGCGGACACUUCAACCCCUUUCAGGUAUCCCACGGAGCUCCAACUGAUGUUAGUCGGCACUCAGGAGAUCUUGGAAACAUUAAGGAAGAACAUUUUCAAAGAGGAGGGGAUACAGGAAGCCAGUUGACCGGAAAUGCAGGAGGAAGAGUGGCCUGUGCGGUCAUCGCUAGGAGCUCUGACGUCUAAGAGAUUGAAAGUGAUUGAAACGAUAGCUGAGAAUCGUCCCGGUGUGUUCUCUACGGUGCUACUGCAUGGACCAGAAAAGACAUUAUUUCAAAUCUGCAAAAAAUCAAAUGCUUCCAAUAUGUGAAUAACAUUGUUUUAAUAAUAAUUGAUCACUUGAGAAAAUUGAUCAAGGUUUGAGUUUAAUAAUUGUACAAUUUUUAAGGUUGAAACGGAUAUUUAUGAAAUGGUUAAUAAUUUUAUGUAAUUAAAAGAAUAAAUAAUGUAAAAUUUUA